ACUUCUUCCAACUUAUAAUCCAAGCAACCAACUAUAGCUCAACACAUCUCUCCUUGUGUUCUCAUCUAUAGCCAUCUAAGUAGCAAUUGCAUUAGCAACCAUAGUAGCACCUGCUAUGCACUAGUCAGUAAUCAGUACCACACAUAGUUUACACACACACAACACACACAAACGCACACACAAAAAAGACUUUACACACUUAGGUUAACUAUACAUAUAGCCAUGAAGACUGAAGUAAUCACCACCAUGAUCUCCUUGGUCUUCCUCGUGCAUUUCGCUAUCACCAUCAGCCCUAACGCACAACCUUCAUGGCUCUUCUCUCUCAUGUCUCUCUCCCUUGCCGUGGUGGCGGUCAUAGUGCCAUUAGUAGUCACCACCACUUGCCAUGCACGUAAGAAUACCGACGCUACCACCACCAUCCCGGGGCCACGAGGGUGGCCGCUGGUAGGCUCCCUGCUGGUCGUGUCGGGCCCACUCAUGCACCGUCGCCUAGCCGCGCUGGCCGACGCGCAUAGCGCACGUCGCCUCAUGUCGCUCACCCUCGGUGCCACCCCCGUGGUGAUCAGCAGCCACCCAGAAACGGCGCGAGACAUCCUCUCAGGUGCCGCCUUCGUGGACCGCCCGCCUAAGGCCGCAGCCCGGGAACUCAUGUUUUGCCGUGCCAUCGGGUUUGCCCCCACUGGGGAGUAUUGGCGUCGCCUCCGUCGCAUCACGGGCGCUGGCAUGCUCUCCCCGCGUCGCAUGGCCAUGCUCAGGGGUCUUCGCUGCCGUGUUGCCGACAGCAUGAUCCAGCGUGUCGCGGACCAGAUGGAGAGGUCCGGGGAGGUGGCCAUGAGAGCCUUGCUCCAAAGGGCCUCCCUAGAGAGCAUGGUGGGUAGCGUGCUAGGCCUCGAGGGUGACGCUGUUUGUGAGGAGCUGGGUGAGAUGGUGAGGGAAGGGUAUGAGCUCGUGGGCAUGUUCAACCUAGAAGACCACUACUACAAGACAUCAUGGGGCCCGUUGAUGGACCUUUGGGGGGUGAGGCCCAUGUGCAGGGAGCUGGCUGCUAUGGUUAGAGGGUAUUUUGGGAAGAUCAUUCAGGAGAGGAGGCUGGCAGGGGACUGCCACGAGAGGGCCGACUUGCUUAGCUAUAUGCUUUCACUUCCAGAGGAGGAGAAGUUGGAGGACUCUGAUGUGAUUGCUGUGCUGUGGGAGAUGAUUUUCCGUGGCGUGGACGUCGUGGCGAUUCUCCUGGAGUGGGCCAUGGCCCGCAUGUCACUGCACCCAGACAUCCAAUCCAAGGCCCAGGAGGAGAUGGACGCAGCGGUGGGCGUCCGUCGUCGUCGUGCCAUCACCGACUCCGACGUCCCCAACCUUGCCUUCCUCCAAUGGAUCCUCAAGGAGACGCUCCGGAUGCACCCGCCGGGCCCGCUGCUCUCCUGGGCGCGCCUGGCGGUGCAGGACGCGCGGGUGGGCAAGCACGUGGUGCCGGCGGGGACGACGGCCAUGGUGAACAUGUGGGCCAUCUCGCACGACGAGGCCAUCUGGGGAGACCCCUGGGUGUUCCGGCCGGAGAGGUUCGCGGCGGCGGCGGCCGGGGAGGAGGUGAGCGUGCUCGGGUCCGACCUCAGGCUGGCGCCGUUCGGGUCCGGCCGGAGGGUGUGCCCUGGCAGGAUGAUGGGCCUCGCCACCGCGCAGCUCUGGCUCGGACGCCUCCUGCAGGAGUACCGGUGGCUGCCGCCGCCGGCCAAUAAGCCCGUCGAGCUCGCCGAGUGCCUCCGCCUGUCCAUGGAGAUGAAGACGCCCCUCGUCUGCCGCGCGGUUCCUCGUCGUCGCGGAGGACGGCCUCCUGCUGCAGCUUGAUGGGCCACUGUGAUGAUGAGCUCCUUCGGUGCUGUGGCCACUGUUGGGCACCAGUGUAAAAUUAAAUCCUUGUGUGUUUGCCUACUACUCGUUUACAGUGUUGUUUGUACGUACAAUCAAAGAUUAUUGUAUGUAUGUGAUGUGAUGUGAUGUAUCUGUGCCCGGCCGGCCUAUAGCUACGUGGCUAGACACAUGAGUAUAGUUUGCACUACUCUGAUAUAUAUAUAUGUGUUAUACUUGUACCUGCCUUGUCAGAACGUUUUAGUUUUAACUUGAUUACUACAUUUUCCCUA